AUGACUUUCCCUGUCCGACCAGACAACAAGGUCGACCUCGAUUGUGACGAGAUCGAGCGAGAUGAGGUCGAGCAAGUACAGCUCGGUGGAGUCACCUUCACUAAGGAGGAGGAAGCAAAGUUGGUCCGGAAGAUUGACCUGUUUCUCCUGCCGACAAUCUGGCUCAUGUAUCUGCUAUCCUACAUGGACCGUACCAAUAUUGGGAACGCUAAAAUUGCUGGUAUGGCUGAUGACUUGGAAUUGUCCUCCAGCGAAUACUCAGUCGCUCUGGUCGUUUUCUUCGUCGGAUACGUCAUUUUCGAGGCACCAAGUAAUAUGAUCCUUGUCCGAAGUCGUCCAUCUCGUUACUUGCCCGCGAUCAUGGUAAUUUGGGGUGGACUGACAUGCGCAAUGGCUGCUAUCAAUACCUACCACCAUCUCAUCAUUCUACGUAUUUUCGUCGGUAUCCUAGAAGCCGGAUUUGCACCAGGGAUAUUGCUCAUUAUUAGCUCGUGGUACAAGCGAAGCGAGCAAUCAAAACGAUUUGCUGUCUUCAUCAGUGCCGCCAUUCUCUCGGGAGCCUUUGGAGGUCUCCUAGCUGGUGCGAUCACUGGCGGACUGGAAGGAGCUCACGGCUUGCGUGGAUGGAGGUGGUUGUUCAUCGUGGAAGGCGUUGCCACCAUUGGCUGGGCUGGAGUUUCUGGCUUCAUUCUACUCGACUUUCCUGCAACCUCCAAGCGAUUGACUGAGCGUGAGCGGGCUAUUGCAAUUGCUCGACUGCUUGACGAGGGUGUCACAGUCCGCACUGAGCAUGGGCCAAAAAUUUCCAAGGCCAGAUCCUUCUGGUUGGCACUGAAGGACUGGAGGACCUGGGGCUUUAUUCUGGGCUACAUGGUCAUUGUUGGAUCCUCAACUCUCAGCUAUUUUUACCCAACAUUGGUUCACAACUUGGGAUACACAUCGACAGUUCAAGCCCAGUAUAUGACUGUCCCGAUUUAUGCAGUAGCUUUUGUCUGCACUGCAGUGACUGGUUACUUUUCGGAUCGUAUCCCAACGUGGAGGGGCAUUGUGAUAUCAGCCUGGCUGACGUUCUCAAUGAUCACCUCGAUAAUUGUGUGCAUUAUUCACAAUUUUACCGCCCGGUAUGCGCUCCUCGUUCUGAUGGCAGCGGGUUUGUGGUCUUCAAAUGCACUCUCUCUAUCUUUCGCCUCUUCGACCUUUGGUUCAAUGGAACCAGAAGUUCGAGCUGUUGCACUGGCACUGGUGAAUGCAAUGGGAAAUCUGGCUCAAAUAUAUGGAGCCUAUCUUUCCCCUCAGCAGAUAGCCCUCAAUACGCCAUGGGCUUUGGCGUCAUCUCUGGCCUUCUAG